UAUUUAUCGUGAGCAAAAUGGACUCCGACAGUGAAGAUGAUUUUUUAUUUUUGUUGGCGGCAUCGGCACUGGCAUUACGCAAAAAACCAAAAAAAAAAAAAUAGAACGAAACGUAAGCUAUGGAUACAUCCCAUAGUUAUGGAAAGAAACAAGAAGGGAUAUUUCAAUACCAUCUAUAAGGAGAUUUGUGAAGAUCCGGAAAAUUUUUUAAAUUUCACCAGAAUGUCAAAGGAAUCAUACCAGGAGUUACUUUUAUUGAUACAAGAGCCAUGUACAAAAGCUAAUACCAUUAUGAGAGAUAGCAUAUCAGUGCAAGAAAAGCUUUUGAUAACUUUAAGGUACCUAGCAACUGGUUGUUCAUUUGUGGAUUUGCUCUAUGCAUUGAGAAUUGGAAAAUCUACAGCAAGUUUGAUUGUUCAAGAAGUUUGUAAAGCACUAUGGGCGCAUGUUAGGCAAAUGGCUUUUCCAGUUUUAAAUGCCGAAAAGUGGAUGGAAAUCACAUGACAAUUUGACAGUUGAUUCAUUUAGCAAAGGGAAUCCAAGAGCAUU